GAUUUCCAUUACUUUAUACCUUAUUCAUAGCUUGUCGUUGACUUCAACUCUCCAUUACUACAGCCAUUGACUUGCAAUGUAAUGUGAACUUCAUUUAAGCACCAAGUCCUUGAAUUCCUACUCCACAAGAACUAAUGGCCAACCUGCGCUUCCUGAUAUUCUUGCUCUUGUUCUUGUUCUUUUUCUUCACCCCUACCCUUUCCUGCCCAGAUGAUCACAAACAAGCUCUUCUCCAAUUCAAAUCCCUCGUCAUCAGAACCCUCAACUCUACUUCUUCUUCCUCUUCUUCUGAUUAUUCUUUGUUCGGCCUGGAUUCUUGGACUUCAGCAUCAGAUUGUUGCCAAUGGGAAAUGGUAGGUUGCAAAGCUAACUCAACUUCAAGAUCCGUGACAUCUCUUUCUGUUAGCUCCUUGGUUGGAUCUGUAAACCCCAUACCCAUUCCUUCUUCAGUUUUAUCACCUCUCUUUCGCAUCCGAAGUUUGAUGUUUCUUGACAUAUCUUCAAAUCACAUACUGGGUGAGAUUCCAGCUACCAUGUUUACCAAUCUUAGCAUGUUGGUUCAUCUAGAGAUGAUGCUCAAUAAUUUUAGUGGCCCUAUUCCUCCACAGAUUUUCCAGUUGAAGUAUCUUCAGUAUCUUGAUAUGAGUAGCAACCUACUCACUGGUACGUUAGGCAAGGAGAUAGGAUCUCUUAAGAAAUUGAGGGUAAUCAAGUUGGAUGAUAAUUCUAUUGAAGGAAUUAUUCCUCAGGAAAUUGGAAACCUUACAUAUCUGCAGCAGCUGAGUCUCCGAGGCAACAAUUUCAUCGGUAGGAUUCCAUCAUCUGUUCUCUUUCUGAAGGAGUUGCAAGUAUUGGAAUUAAGUGACAAUGCUCUAUCAAUGGAGAUUCCUGCUAAUAUAGGUGAUCUUACCAACCUAACUACUCUGGCCUUGAGCAACAACAGGAUUACUGGGGGAAUCCCGACAUCAAUACAGAAACUGAGCAAGUUGAAAGUUCUUCGACUGCAAGACAACUUCCUUGCUGGAAGAAUACCAACAUGGUUGUUUGAUAUCAAGAGUCUGGCGGAGCUGUUUCUUGGAGGGAAUAAUCUGACAUGGGAUAACAGUGUGGACUUGGUACCAAGAUGUAACUUGACGCAGUUAUCUUUAAAAGCAUGCAGUCUUCGAGGAGGAAUCCCAGAAUGGAUUUCAACGCAGACCGCUCUUAACCUCUUGGAUUUGAGUGAGAAUAUGCUCCAAGGACCAUUCCCCCAAUGGCUAGCUGAAAUGGACCUAAGUGCCAUUGUUCUGUCUGAUAACAAAUUCACAGGGCAGAUUCCAGGGUCCAUCUCAGAAAUUUAUCGCCUUAUUCUGUUGGAUUUGUCAGGAAAUAGGUUUUCAGGGAAUAUCCCAGCUUUUAAACCAGAUGCUUUGCUAGCUUACAUCGAUUUCUCUUCUAAUGAAUUCUCGGGUGAAGUUCCGGUAACCUUUUCAGAAGAAACCAUCAUCCUUUCAUUGGGAAACAAUAAGUUCUCCGGCAGUUUACCAAGGAACCUGACCAACUUGAGCAAGCUUCAACAUCUUGAUCUCCGUGACAACCAAAUUACUGGUGAACUGCAAACAUUUCUCUCCCAAAUGACCUCUCUUCAAAUCUUAAAUUUACGAAACAACUCCCUCAAAGGUUCUAUCCCAGACACCAUUGCCAACCUCACUAGCCUUCGCAUUCUUGAUCUGUCAAACAACAACCUCACUGGUGAGAUUCCUGUCAAGCUUGGGAACCUGGUUGGAAUGGUAGAUACACCUAAUACCUUUGCAACAUUCAUUGAUUUUUUCAUCAUUCCCUUUGAAUUCAAUGACUUGGUGGUGAACUGGAAAAAUUCGAUACAAGGUCUGUCAAGCCACAGCCUCGAUAUCUACUCCUUGCUAGAUUUGUCAAAGAACCAAAUUUCUGGUGAAAUCCCAACAUCAUUAGGUCUUUUAAAGGGUCUAAAGAUAUUGAAUAUUUCAUAUAAUCAUCUCUCUGGUGGGAUACCUGAAAGUUUUGGUGAUUUAGAGAGUGUAGAAGGCCUUGACUUGUCACACAACAGAUUAUCAGGCUCCAUUCCUAGCACACUAUCUAAGUUGCAGGAACUUGCUACUUUGGAUGUGAGCAACAACAGCCUCAGUGGUCAGAUUCCAGUGGGAGGCCAAAUGGAUACGAUGUUUAAUGAUCCGAAGUAUUAUGCCAACAACAGUGGAUUGUGUGGUAUGCAAAUUAGGGUGCCGUGUCCAGAAGAUCAGUCAACUGCACCUCCAGAGCCACAAGAAGAGGAAACAUGGUUUUCAUGGGCAGCAGUGGGGAUUGGAUAUUCAGUUGGCCUCUUAGCGACUGUAGGAAUAAUAUUUUUCACUGGAUUAAUCCAGUGGCUACCACCUCGAAACCUGUUUCAAAAUCCACCCCGCCUCCUGAGCAGAAGGCUAUAAGUACUUAAGGUUUGCCAUAAAAUUUUCAACAUAGAUAUGGUCUAAGUAUGGUCCUGAAGUUGGUAUGUCAUCUUUGCAGGCCAACAAUGGCGACAAGUGGUCUAGUGUGUGCUGAAAGAAACUUUCUUGUAAAGAAACAUAACAUUAUGCACUGUUUUCUGCCGCCUUCUUUUCUGUUUUGAAGAACUAGAUAAUUAAGUCAGUUGAGUUAGAAUCCGUCAGAAUGAUGUACAGCAGAUCUUUCCACAAUUCUUGUUAAAUGCAAAAUCAGCCAUGUUUGCUUGCCA